AUGGAAAACCAGCUCUGGCAUGACAACCUGGGGUGCUACAGUGAAUGCCAAGCAAGCCCGCAGGACGCCGAGGAAAUCCUGUUCGUGCUCCUGGGCCUCAUCAUCCUUGUCAACAUCAGCAUCAAUGUUACCACUGCGAUGUGGCAAGGGCUCCAGAAUAUCUUGGACAGAAUGAUCUCUUGCAUUUUUCCGAAAGAUGAAGUUCAGCCAAGCGAAAGUCCACCCAAAGAUCCCCCGGCCAAGCCCCAGGACGUCCACAUCCACUGCACCCUGGACCCUGUAAAGGUGAAGAUGACCCAGCCCAUACACUAUUCCUCGUCCUCCUGCCACCGUUUCCACAAUCGCCGCAACAGUCGCAACCGCACCAACAGCCGCGGCCGCCGCUGCCGCCGUCGCGGCAUGCCCCUCUGCAGCCACCAGCAGAGGCCACAGAACCCCAGAAGAUUCCCCAGGGGCCGGCCAGUCUUCCGCAACCAACACCACGGCUACAAAGUGCCGAAGCUGCGGCCAAAGCCCUUUUUUGACCUGGAGGACCGGGACUCCUGCCUGGAGGAGGAGGAGGACCUGUCCUUCCCACACCCCAAGUACCCACGGAGGGGCUGGGGCGGGUUCUAUCCGCGAAUGGCCCUGCCGCCCUCCAGCGUGGGGCUGUGGGGCCGCCAGGGUGGAAUCCUGGCCAGCCUGCCUCCACCGUCCCUCUACCUGUCCCCCGAGCUGCGCCGCUUGCCCAAGCGUGUGGAGGCCAAGUCUGAGCUGAGGCUGCAGUCCUACGGGCCCCACUGCUCACAGUCCCGACAGUGGGGUAACGUGGAGGCCGAGCAGUGGGCCCCGUCUCCACCCCCGCCCCGCCGGCUGCCUCCCAACCCCUCCUGGGUCCCCGGGGGGCACAGCCCUUACUCCUCAGGGGGACAGAUUCUGUAUGACUCCUGGGACCAGCGCCGGCGUAAUGCGGAGAGCUCCGAGCCCCCACCUGCCUUGGUGUCACGCAGCUCCAGGCCCGAGGCUCAGGGCCACCGAGAGCACUACUCCCCCCAGUCCCAUGGGCGGAGCCUCCCUGGCCACACCCACAGCCAGCCCAACCGCAGCCCCCACCCCUCCACGGGCCACUUGGGCUACCUCUCCCGGGAUUCCCACGAGGUCCGCCGCCGGGCAGCUGACUGGGCUGAGGCUCUGCCUGCCCGGCACCCUCUCACCACUUCCACCUCCCUCACGGUGCUGGGCGAGGCCUCGUACCAACGAGCCCCAGCUGCCAGCUCAGUCCUGCUCCCUCACUCCUCCCAGCCCAUGUCUGAAGUUGAGGCAGCUGAUCCGAUCCCACCCCAAACCACAUUCGUCCCACUCAGCCGGAACCCGGGGGGCAAUGCCAGCUACCAGGUGUAUGACAGCUUGGAGCUGAAACGGCAGGUGCAGGAGAGCAGGGCGCGGGCCAGCUCGCUGCCACCACCUUCCGCCUCGACCUCCAGGCCCUCUCUGCACAGGAGCCGUGCCGGGAAGCUGAACUGA